AUAGAAUAGCAAAAAUAAUUUUAAAAAAGAAAAAAAACAGUUGUGACGCAUCAAAGUAUUUUUAUAUUGGCUUUAUAGCGACUUGUAUUGGCUUCGAGCACGAAGGUAGGGAAGAAUCUAGGCACGAUUGAAAGUCGCUCGAAAUCGCUACUUAUAUUCUCGCGCGGAAUCUGCUAAACGCCGCGCACGCGGGGGGGAGGCUAAUAUCGCAUAGGGAAUGAUAGGGAAUUGUGACGGCACACGUGCCGCAUGGUCAAACUAGGAACUCUGUCGCGAUCGCGCGCGCGGCCGUACGCAGGAAUUCCGAUAGGAGACCACGCGAAUUUAUUUUUCCGCUCCCCGGAGACGGACGUACGGGUGCGUUCGGAUAGUCGUCCACGCGGGGCCCUGUGGCGCGAUGUGGUCGUCCACGCCACGCUGUGUUUUACUGCGCUAGAUUCGGUUAUCUCGUCAGCAAUCGCCCGGUCAGCAGCGUCGACCGGCAGGCUCACGUGAGACCGCCUGUACCUAGGUCAGCGUGCCCAUUGGCAGUGUGACAUCGUAGUCCUGCGAGCUUGGUGAAUGUCGGUGAAUAGUGAACGACGUGAUGGCGGCGUUGUUGAAGGAUAGGACACAAAUGACAUUCGAGGACAAAUGGCCGUUGAUGCGUCCAAUCAUAUUGAAACUCCUCAAGCAGGAAUCAGUGACACAUGUGGAAUGGCAGGAAUUAUUUUACUCUGUUCAUGUAUGCCUAUGGGAUGACAAAGGACCUCCCAAGUUACGUGAUGCUCUGCAGGAGGAUAUAAUGCAUUUUAUACAACAAGCUCAACAGAGAGUUUUAGCACAUCAAGAAGAACAAGCAUUGUUAAAAGCAUACAUCGCUGAGUGGAGAAAGUUUUUUACCCAAUGUAAUUAUUUGCCAACACCAUUUAGACAACUAGAAACGUAUCUCGCAGGAAAAACUAGUUCUGGCGCACAAAAGAAGAAUCAGCCUGAUGACAUUGUUAGAAAGCUGAUGUUAGACAGUUGGAACCAAAGUAUAUUCAAUGAAAUAAAGCAAAGACUUCAGGAUGCAGCUAUGAAAUUAGUGCGAGCUGAAAGAAAUGGUGAGGCGUUUGAUUCUCAACUUGUUAUCGGCGUCAGAGAAUCUUAUGUGAAUUUGUGUUCAAAUCCAACGGAUAAGCUCCAGAUAUAUAGAGAAAAUUUUGAGGCAGCAUAUAUACAAGCUACUGAAGCAUUUUAUUGGGUAAAAUCGCCAGAAUAUCUGUCUAAACAUGGUGUAGAAAAUUAUAUGCGCUACGCCGAUGCGAAAUUGAGAGAAGAGGAAGCGCGCGCUCAGAAAUAUUUGGAGCCAAAUACCGCGAGUAUGCAGCGAUUAACGGACUGUUGUGUGAAAGUGUUAGUCGCGUCCUUUCAGUCAGCGAUACUCGCAGAAUGUCCGAAAAUGAUUCAACACAAUCAAACUGAUAAACUUCGUCUCAUGCUGAAAUUAAUGGACAGAGUGGCGCCCGACGGUGUUACGCCCAUGUUGAGAAAUUUAGAAGAACAUAUUGCGAGCGCAGGUUUAGCGGACAUGAUGGAAGCUGUAGACGUUAUUACUCAAGAUUCUGAAAAAUAUGUGGAAAGACUGUUAGAUCUUUUCCAUAGAUUUUCCAAGCUCGUUAAAGAGGCAUUCGAUGAUGAUCCGCGGUUUCUUACAGCACGAGAUAAAGCUUAUAAACUUGUUGUGAAUGAUGCCACGGUAUUUAAAUUAGAAUUGCCUACUCGGCAGGGCUCUGGAAUCGGUGGCACAUCUGUUUUAAAUAAUAGACCUAUUACUAAUAACAACGGACUAGCCGAAUCGAAGUGUCCGGAACUCUUAGCAAAUUUCUGUGAUAUGCUUCUUAGAAAAACACCACUCAGUAAGAAACUAACUACUGAUGAAAUCGAAAGUAAAUUGAAGGAUGUGCUGUUGGUACUGAAAUAUGUUCAAAAUAAGGACGUAUUUAUGCGUUACCAUAAAGCGCAUUUAACUAGACGGUUAAUAUUAGAUACAACAACGGAUUCAGAGAAAGAAGAGAAUAUGGUAGAUAUGCUUCGUGAAGUUGGUAUGCCCGCAGACUUUGUUAAUAAAUUAGCUCGUAUGUUCCAAGAUAUUAAAGUAUCUCAGGACUUGAAUCAACAAUUUAAAGAACAAUGUCGAGCUGCUAUUGCAGAUAGUAUAAAUAUUAAGAUUCUCAAUGCAGGUGCAUGGGCCAGAGGUAGCGAACGUGUCACUGUGAGUUUGCCACUUCAGUUGGAAGAUUAUAUUCCAGAAGUUGAAGAAUUUUAUAAAAAAAAGCAUAGUGGAAGAAAAUUGCAAUGGCAUCAUCACAUGUCGAAUGGCACGAUAACAUUUGCAAAUAAAGUGGGACGUUUCGAUAUAGACGUAACAACUUUUCAAAUGGCGGUGUUGUUUGCUUGGAAUCAACGACCCAACGAAAAAAUCUCAUACGAGAAUCUCCGGUUAGCUACCGAGCUUCCGGAUCCCGAGCUAAGACGGACUCUGUGGUCUUUGUGUGCCUUCCCGAAGUUAAAACGGCAACUUCUUUUGGUGGAACCACAUGCCGCUACUCCGAAAGAUUUUGCGCAUGAUACGAGAUUUUGGGUUAAUCAAGAAUUCGCUAUUGUAAAAAAUGGCAAGAUGCAAAAGCGGGGGAAAAUAAAUUUGAUAGGACGUCUUCAAUUAUCAACGGAACGUAGCAGAGAAGAAGACAACCAAUCUAUUGUACAGCUCAGAAUAUUACGAGUUCAGGAAGCUAUUAUCAAGAUCUUAAAAAUGCGCAAGAAAAUAACCAAUGCGCAAUUACAGACCGAAUUGGUGGAUAUAUUGAAAAAUAUGUUUUUGCCAAGUAAAAAGAUGAUAAAGGAACAAAUCGAGUGGCUCAUCGAACACAAAUAUAUUCGAAGACACGACGAUGAUAUUAAUACUUUUGUGUAUAUGGCAUAACACGGGAUUAUAUAUACAUGCGAAAUUUUUCGCACACACAUUCUGUGGUUAAUAUUAUAUUUUUAUAAAAAAGGCUUUAAUUUUCUCAUGUGUGAGAAUAUGUUCGAGUCCAUCAUGUUGCGCGAUUAUGUUUCACUUGUUUUCUUACAGUGCAGUGAAAAAAAAGAAAGGACAAUAUAUUAUUGCAAUCGUGAGAUAAAAGUUCAUAGGACAAAUGCAAUUACCUCCACCCAAUAGUUGCCGACUAUUAAACGUGAAUAAAGUGAAAUGUAUAGCAAAACUGAAGAAAGUGUCGCAAUAAUAAUAAGAAAGAUGUACAAUAUCGUACCACACAAUGAAAUUAGCAUUUAUCGUUUUAUUUUGGGCAUCGAUCUAUAUUUCUAAUUAGAGAACAGAAAGUGGAUAAAAUUGAAAGGAGAAUUAUGUAUGUAUAUACAUGACAUUAUACUUUAUCACUACUUUAAUCGUUUAUAUUUCGCUAAAAAAAUAUUCCUGAAGUGUUUAUAUAUUUUUUUCUUUAUAUCCGUACUUUAAAUUUGUCAAAAGCCUUUGUUGUACAUUAUUAAUACGCAGUAACAAUUUGGCACUAAAAACAUCGAUAGAUCCUUGCACAAAUCUGAACGACAGUGCACGUAUAUAUGUACAUUGCAUUAAAUUCAAUCGUAAACAAUAAAAAUUCGCAUAUACUUGAAUAAA